AAUAGCAGCGGUGAAGACCACACAACAAACACGAAAUACGAGUCUACGAGAAUGACUGACACUGUACCAGAAUAUUUAAGUGUUGAUCUAUUUGAGAAGGUCAUAAGCAAUUAUAGAGGAGAAAGUAUUAAAAUUAAAGAUGUCAAAUUUAAGGUGAUCAGUUCAAAUGGAGACAACUACUGCAGCAAUGUGUAUCGAGUAUGUUUGAACUUAGAGGAUGAAAGAAAAGAGCAAUCUACAUUAACAUUGAUUGUCAAAGAUUUGUUUAAAGAGAUAGCACACUUGCAGUUGAAAGAGUUGGAUAUGUAUAAUAAAGUACUUAAAGGCUUAAGUGAUAUCUUAAAAACUUCUGGAAAUGAUGAUUUAGCAAAAAUUAAAUUUUCGCCAUAUUGUUUAUUGGCUACAAGAGAAUUUGGGGAACUCUAUAUUUUUGAGGACUUGACUGCAAUUGGUUAUGAAAUUGGCAGUCGCUGGCAGGGCGUAAGUGAGAAACAAAGCUAUUCUACAAUCAAAAAAUUAGCACAGUUCCAUGCUACCUCGAUGGUACUUGUAGAGAAGAAUCCCAGCAUUAUUGAUUUAAUCAAGGAUUCUCAUUUUAAAAAUGGCCCUCAGGAUUUUUCUGCAAAUUUUGUUUAUGGCAACAUAGAGAGUGCAAUUAAGUAUUUAGAUUCUCUUGAAGGCUUUGAAGAUAUGGCAAAAAAGGUGCGAGAUAAUUGCAACAAUUUUUCAAAGAAAAUUCAGGCAGCUGUAAAUACUGACCUAUGUCAAUUUAAAGUAUUAAAUCAUGCCGAUCUUUGGGUGAAUAAUAUAUUAUUUAAUUCUGAAGACGAUGCAGUAUUUCUUGAUUAUCAACUAUCAUUUUACGGAAGUCCUGGUAUCGAUUUAAAUUUCUUUUUACACACCAGUGUUCGAUUGCAAAUCGUACAAAGCAACCGAUACAAGUUUUUAAGAUAUUAUUACAACAAUCUAAAGUUAACUCUGAAGAGUCUAAAGUAUGAGAAUAUACCAACCUUCGAACAACUAAUAGAAGAAGUACGAAGAACAGAGUUUUAUAGUUUUUAUGCAGUUGCAGCGGAAUUGCCAUUGAUGUGUUUAACCCCUGAACAGUCUAAAACUAUGUCUGUUCCGGCAUUUUCAAAUCCAGAGAUAAUGGAACAAAUGCGAAUGGAGUUGUUUUCUAAUGAACGUGUGAGAAAAACACUUGAAUACUCUUUGGACCGAUUAAAUGAAUUAGGAGUUUUGGAUUAAUAAUUAUGAUAAGUAAUUGUAAUUCUGAUGAUAUGGAAUCAUAUAAAAGCGCUAUUAAAUAUAACUAAACUAAUUACAUUA